UGUGCUGGCAUAUACCAGCUUAGAGAUGGUUCAGCCCAUCAGGGUACCGUGACGUCAAUGGAACCAUAUGUAGGCAGUUUUAUACUACACUCUGAGGAAGACAAGAAAGGGAAAUUGAAGCCUGUUCUUGUUGUUAAUGUCCAAGGGCACUCUCGUCUUCGGCCGAAACUAGAUGAGAUUUUGCCUCAAGCAGCUGGCGUUGUGUUUGUGGUGGAUUCCGUGGAAUUUUUACCAAACUGCCGUCCUGCUUCAGAGUACUUGUAUGCGAUCUUGACAAAGGCAAGUGUGGUCAAGAAAAAAGUUCCAGUACUCCUCCUUUGCAACAAGGUAACUGCACAUACAACAGAAUUCAUCAGAAAACAGCUGGAGAAAGACGCAGAAUUGCCUUCUGAAGAGUUGAAAUUUACCUCACCACGAUGGAAUACUGUGUUGCAUGCUUUGUUCUCCUUUUGCUACAAACUUCGUACAUCAAGAACUGUCGUAUCUGAUGCACAUAUCUCUAAUGAAUAUACGCUUGGUGUACCUGGAGAACCAUUUGCUUUUUCUCAAUGCCAUAACAGAGUAAUUGUUGCUGAAGCUUCUGGUCUGACUGGUGAAAUUUCUCAGCUGGAGAAGUUCAUUAGGGAGAAUGUGAAACCUUGA